AUGCCACUCUACUCAAAGUUCCUGAAAGAUUUGCUAACCAAAAAGAGCAAGUACAUACAUAGUGAUACCAUUGUUAUGGAGGGAAAUUGUAGUGCAGUGAUUCAAUGGAUCCUUCCACCAAAGCACAAAGAUCCUAGAAGUGUCACUAUACCAUGCUCUAUUGGUGUUGUGUCUGUUGGCAAAGCUCUCAUUGACUUGGGAGCUAGUAUAAAUUUAAUGUCAAUCUCUAUGUGCAGGAGGUUAGGAGAGUUGGAAAUUAUGCCAACCAAGAUGAUACUUCAAUUACCAGAUCAUUUUGUUACCAAGCCGUAUGGAGCUGUUGAGGAUGCUUUGGUAAGAGUUAAGCAUAUUACUUUUCCUGCAGAUUUUAUUCUUAUGGAUAUAGAAGAGGAUGCUAAAAUUCCCUUAAUCUUGGGACGUCCCUUCAUGUCAACCGCUAGUUGUGUAGUGGAUAUGGGGAAAGGUAAACUGGAAUUGAGUGUGGAGGAUCAAAAAAUUUCAUUUGACUUAUUUGAAGCAAUGAAGCACUCAAAUGAUCAUAAGGCAUGUUUCGAUAUAGAAAAGGUGGAACAUGAGAUAGACUUAGUAGCCACAGCCAUGGUACUGUAG